UUUCAGGAAGCUGAGAUAUCAGCCUCAAUAAAUUCAGGAACAACAAGAAAUUUGGAUACUGCUCAAAAGAGGGGCUCCACGAUUCUAAAUUUGAAGUGUGUUGACGCUCAGACAGGGCUUAUGGGGAAAACUCUACUUGAGUUCCAAUCGACCAAAGGAGAUGUUCUUCCUGCUCACAAGUUUGGAACCCAUGAUGUAGUUGUCCUAAAACCGAACAAGGCUGAUUUAGGUUCUCCUGCUCUUGGACAAGGUGUAGUUUACCGGUUGAAGGAUUCCUCAAUCACAGUUGCUUUUGAUGAUGUACCUGAAGAUGGUUUAAAUAAUCCUUUGCGUCUUGAAAAAGUGGCAAAUGAGGUGACAUAUCGUAGGAUGAAGGAUGCCCUGAUACAACUGAGUAAAGGUGUGCUGAAGGGUCCAGCUGCAGAUCUAGUUCCUGUAUUGUUUGGAGAGAGACAGCCAACAGUCUCAAAGAAGGGCACUGUCACAUUCACCCCAUUUAACAAAAACCUUGAUCACUCUCAGAGAGAUGCCAUUUUAAAGGCACUGUCAUCAAAGGAUGUAUUUUUGCUGCAUGGACCUCCUGGAACCGGAAAAACUACAACAGUCGUGGAAAUUGUACUACAAGAAGUGAAGCGAGGAUCAAAGAUACUUGCUUGUGCUGCUUCAAAUAUUGCUGUUGACAACAUUGUUGAGCGACUUGCCACUCACAGAGUAAAGAUGGUCAGAUUGGGGCAUCCUGCUCGAUUAUUACCUCAAGUUUUGGACAGUGCUCUUGAUGCAAAGGUACUACGAGGAGAUAAUAGCUCUCUUGCAAAUGACAUUAGAAAGGAAAUGAAGGUACUAAAUGGGAAAUUAUUGAAAACCAAAGACAGAAAUACAAGGAGAGAGAUCCAGAAGGAGCUUAGAACUCUUUCAAAAGAAGAGCGUAAAAGGCAGCAGCUUGCUGUUACUGAUGUAAUUAAGGAUGCAGAUGUCAUAUUGACAACUUUGACUGGUGCAUUUUCUCGCAAACUGGACAAAACUACAUUUGAUUUGAUUAUUAUCGAUGAAGCUGCACAGGCUCUUGAAAUAGCAUGCUGGAUGGCUCUACUAAAGGGCUCAAGAUGUAUACUUGCAGGGGACCAUCUGCAGCUUCCUCCAACUAUCCAGAGUGUUGAAGCUGAGAGGAAAGGGUUAGGAAGAACCCUUUUUGAACGCCUUGCAGAUCUGUAUGGAGAUGAGGUCAUGUCCAUGCUCACUGUCCAGUACCGCAUGCAUGAGCUUAUUAUGAACUGGUCAUCUAAAGAGCUUUACAGCAGCAAGAUCAAAGCGAAUUCUAGUGUUGCUACGCACAUGCUUUUUGAUCUCGAGAAUGUUAAGAAGUCAACUUCAACAGAACCAACCCUUCUUAUCAUAGACACAACUGGGUGUGAUAUGGAAGAGAAGAAGGAUGAGGAAGAGAGCACAUUGAAUGAAGGUGAAGCUGACGUAGCUAUUUCACAUGCAAAGAGACUUAUUCAUGCUGGAGUCCAUGCUUCUGAUAUUGGAAUUAUUACCCCUUAUGCUGCGCAGGUGGUCUUAUUGAAGAUGUUGAAAAGCAAUGAAGAUAAGCUAAAGAAUGUUGAAAUCUCAACUGUUGAUGGUUUCCAAGGUCGAGAGAAGGAAGCAGUUAUCAUUUCAAUGGUUCGGUCAAACUCAAAGAAAGAGGUUGGGUUUUUAAGUGACCGAAGGCGAAUGAAUGUGGCUGUGACACGAGCAAGAAGACAGUGUUGUCUUGUAUGUGACACUGAAACAGUUAGCAGCGAUGGGUUCUUAAAGCGAUUGGUUGAGUAUUUUGAGGAGCAUGGUGAGUAUUUAAGUGCCUCUGAGUAUUGUAAUGAAUAAGUGAAGAUCCAUGGGGAACAACUUUAUCACAUUAUGUGAGGUACUAUAAUCUGUUGGCUUUGUGGUGUGAUUCCUCGGAUCUAUUGCUACAUGUUUUUGGGCAGAAGAAACUUAAUAUUCUUACGUUCUAUACAUCUUUCUUUGUUAUUUUCGACUUGAUAAAAAAUCCAGAUCAUAUGUGUUUGAUCCUAUAUUGAUAUGAACAAGUAAAGCUUAGGUUUGACGACUGUUAUACUAACAAAUUAUCUUUAAAGGAAGGUUAGAAUUGUGGCA